CCGAAGGAAGAAUCCAACUUGGACGCUGGCUUCGUCUUCAAGUCAGACCUCUCUCUCUCUAUUUAUACAUAAUCAAGAACACAAGCAAUUGAAGAACAAGAAAAAGAACAUACGAAGAAGCUAUGGCAGGAGGAGGAACAGAAGCGUUUCCUGAUCUUGGAGAGCAUUGCCAAAACCCUGAUUGCAAAUUACUCGAUUUCCUCCCUUUUACUUGCGACGGCUGCAAAUUGGUGUUUUGUUUGGACCAUAGAUCAUACAAGUCACAUAACUGUCCUAAAUCCGAUCACGGGAGCAGAACAGUUUCCAUCUGUGAAACGUGUUCUAUCGCUAUUGAAACAACUGGUUUUGACGAAGAAGGGAUCAAAUCUUUGCUUGAGAAACACGAAAGAUCCGGAGAUUGUGAUCCGAACAAGAAAAAGAAACAAACGUGUCCUGUAAAACGUUGCAGAGAGGUUCUGACUUUUGCGAACAACCUUACUUGCAAAGAUUGUGGAGUCAAGUUCUGUUUGAAACACCGGUUUCCGACAGAUCAUGUUUGUAACAAGAAGACCAUUACUAAUUCAGGGAAAAGCUCGAGAUGGAACGAGAGGUUUAUGGAAGCUUUGAGUUUGAGAAACGAGAAAGGUUGUGGAAGAGGAAGUUCUGUUUCAUCGAGAUCUCCACCAUCAGUUAGAUCCUUUUAGUUUCUUCUAUUAUAACAAUUUGCUCCAACUAGUCCAAAUCUUUCUAUAUGUUCUCAUGUAUCUCUUCGCAAUGAACAAGGACGUCUUUUGUUUCCAACUUCUUCAUCAUUGAUAUGAAAUUUGUAUCUCAGAAAGGACGUCUUUUGUUUCCAACUUCUUCGCAAUGAACAAGGACGUCUUUUGUCUUACACA